GUUUUGUUUUCAAUUGUGAAUUAGUUUGUUUCAAUUCGCAAACAAAAGUAUAAAUUUAUUCAAUUUGAAAGUAAAUGUUAUACGCAAGAUGAAAUAUCUCUGCGCUUUGUUCUUUGUGAUCGGCAUCGUUGGAUCAGCUCCGACGGGCAAUAGAUGUGUGGAAAGCUGCUCGAAUAUUUCAGUCGAUGACAUUAUUAAUUUAAUUAUAUCGAGAAAAAUCGACGUUUUCUCCCUUUUGAGUAAAAUUCAAGCUUUAGUUGGUAGCAGUACUGGUGGAACUGGAAGCAGCAACCACUAUGAAAUCAGCGGGUCGUUCUCACCUUUCACUUCUGUCAAUGCGGCAGGCUUGGCCAAAUUACUUUCAGGAUUGUCAAAUCCAACUUUGGCCAAGGUUGUCGAUACUAUAACAGAUUUUACUGGCAUUGAAUUGGAUACAAGCGAAAUCUCACCGGAUAACUUGAACAAACCUUUCGAUCUAACACCACUUGUAAAGCAAUUGUAUUCAAGCAACGGACCUGUUUCCCUCCGAAGUAUUUUGAAUGCCGUUCAACAAGCAACAAACAGCUCACCAGGAACUACAAAUGAAACUGGAAGCAACAACAACGAUGCAAUAGAUGGUCCAUCUGGUACCGUUGGUGGAAAUAGCAAUGGCGUGAAUUUAACCAGCACUAGUGAAAAUACGACACUUAGCGAUCUAUUCCCAGCCGAUGCUAAGGUUAAUGGUACAAACUUAUACAAAAUACUUUCCAGCGCGAAAAAGCCAACUGUGAGUUACUUCAUCCAACUCCUUGAAAGGUUUUCCGGUUCAACAAUUGACAAGAGUAAAUUCCUAUCGUCCAUUUUAAACAAAACGCUUGAUUCAUCGGUUAUCGAGAAAUUAAGUGCAUUUAGCGGAAAUGUCCCAGUUAAAACCCUUUUGAGUAGUUUAUCUUUGACAUCUCCAUCGUCAUCGUCGUCAUCGUCGUUUUCGUCUUCAUCAAAUGGAUCAAAUGGAUCAUCUGGUACCGCUAAUCAAAAUGGAAGCGGUAGCAGCAGUGUGACAUUUGACGGUUUCGUUCCAGCUGAUGCUAAGGUUAAUCUUAAAAACUUAUACAAAGUACUUUCCAGCGCGAAAAAGCCAACUGUGAGUUUCUUCUUCGAAAUCCUUGGAAAGUUUUCUGGUUUAACAAUCUACACGAACAAAAUGCCGAAGUCUGUUUUGAACCAAACGCUUGAUUCAUCUUUUAUCGAGAAAUUAGCUUCACUCGGCGAAACUGUUUCAGUUCAAACAGCUUUGAACAUCCUUUCUGUGAGCUUAAAUUAAUCCGACUGAAAAAUAUCAAAAUUCACUGAUUUGAAUAAAUAUAAUUUGGAACACGAAAUCGUACAUUGUACAUUAUAUGAAGACAUUGUUUUCAAUUAAAUAAUAAAGCUUUUGCAUGAAA